AGCGAGAGUGAGUGGAGGACCGAAAAAAGUCUGCGAAGAAAGAAAGAGAGGUCGCUUUCCUAACGCUCAUUUCUGUCAAAUAAGUCACGGAGGGGUUUGCCACGGGAGAAGAUGCCAAAAGACUGACGAAAGAUGCGGUUGAAACGGACUAAAACAGCUAAAAAACAGCUAGAAACAAAACUAAACUGAGCAGCUUUUUUCGGCUGGGUCGGAGUCGGGACGGUUGGCCGUUUCCUCCCGCAAGUUGAGCUGAUUUAAACGAGUUUACGGGACGAGCGGCGACGAGCAGACAGAUUGGAAACCGAGAGCGGGAGGAAGACUGCUCUCUCCCGAAACAACUUCGUGGAAUUCCUCCAUUUCUAGAUUUCCAUUUUCCCUUUCCGCUGAUCGGUUUCAGCAAAAAAAAAAACAUGAAAACACCUGGAGAUGGUGGGUUUGCCUUUCCAGACUGGGCUUACAAGCCGGAGUCUAGCCCCGGCUCCAGGCAGAUCCAGCUAUGGCACUUCAUCCUGGAGCUGCUCAGGAAAGAGGAGUAUCACGACGUGAUCGCCUGGCAGGGGGACUAUGGCGAGUUUGUCAUCAAGGAUCCAGAUGAAGUGGCCCGGCUCUGGGGGGCCCGGAAGUGUAAACCUCAGAUGAACUAUGAUAAGCUCAGCAGGGCACUAAGAUACUACUACAACAAGAGAAUCCUGCAUAAGACCAAAGGAAAGAGGUUCACUUAUAAGUUUAACUUCAACAAACUGGUGUUGGUUAACUACCCCUUCAUUGACAUGGGCUCGACUGGAAGCAGCGUUCCUCAGAGCGCCCCUCCUGUCCCGACCGGUGCAGGCACCCAUUUCCGCUUCCCUCCUUCAACCCCCUCAGAAGUCCUCUCCCCCAACGAGGACCUGCGGAGCCCCGGAGGCAUGUUCAGCUCGGUGGCCCGGCGAAUGGGCCGCGGCUCCGUUAGCGACUGCAGCGACGGCACCUCGGUCAACUCAGAGAUCGAGGAGGGGAACGCGGGAGCGGGAGAGGAGAGGGGGGAGAGGGGCGUGAGCGGCGGCGGAGGAGGAGGACCUGGUGGCGGAGGAGGCUACCGGAGUAUCAUCCAUCCCCGUCUGUCUCACGAGACUCUCUUCCGCAUGUACGGAGGGCCGGGGAACCCCGGGGGCCACCCAGGAUCCCGGGGCCCCGGAGGACACCGCAUCCACCAGGAGCCCCUGUCCCCGUUUCCCGUGUCCCCUCUGCCGGGGCCGGGCGGAGCCGGCCUCUUAGCCCCUCCUCUGUCCCCGGCACUCUCCAUGACCCCGACAUCCCACCUCCCUUACACUCCCUCACCCACCUUGUCACCCAUGUUGGGCUCCCACUUCUCCUUCAACCCAGAAGACAUGAAGCGCUACCUGCAGGCCCACACCCAGUCGGUGUACAACUACGGCCUCAGCCCCAGAGCCUUCCUCCAGUACCCCAACAUCGUCAUUCCUCAGCCCCACCGGCCCGCCGCAGACAAGGCCGGUCUGACUGAGAGAGGAGCCGCCGAGAGAGCAGAACGAGCAGCUACAGCCGGAGGAGAGAGGGGAGGAGAGCGCCACCACCAUCCCAGUCUGGGGCACUCUGCCCACCACCUCCCACACCCUCCUCACUCUGCCCACCCUCACACUCAUUCCCAUCCCAUCCACCACCCACUACACCUGGGGGAGGAGCCCCCACACAUGUCCCCCUUCAAGUUCAAGCUGCAGCCCCCACCGCUGGGACGGAAGCAGAGAGACGGACAGAGCCAGAGUAAAGCCAGGCAGAGCUCACUGUCCUCAGGCUCUGGAUCCGGGUCCAUGUCCUCCACCUCUGGCCUGGGCUCCUCGCUGUCGUUUGGCAGCGACCUGAGCUCAGCCAGCGGGUCAGGCGUCAUCUCUGCCUCCUCCUCAACGCAGUCCCUAAACAGCGCAGGACUCCCCAAGAUAAAGGUGGAGCCCAUAUCUGAUAUCGAGUCAGAAGAAGAGGUGGAGGUGACGGACAUCAGCGACGAAGACCCAGAUGAAAGAGACGAAGAGUUUGGGCUCUUCUCUCGCCACUCCACGGUGUCCGACCACCGCCACCACAACAACCACCUGGCUAACGGGACCGCCGCCGCCCAGCAUCACGCCCACGACGAGGAUCUGGACGAGGACGUCUUCAAAGCCCCCGCUCCUCCUCCUCCUUUCCUGAUGCCGUUCUUUACCUCACAGCACACACACUCCACUGCACAUCGGGGGGUGCCCACCCUCAAGAGUGAACCCACGGAGCCCGGGGAGAGCCACACCCCUCCAGCUCACACGGCCUCGGUAGGAGCUCCGCAGACCAAGUGCAUCCCCCUCAAGCUGCGCUUCAAGAGGCGCUGGAGCGAAGACCAGCGCAUGGAAGCCUCACAGGAGGAGUCGGACGACAAGAAGGUGAGACCAGAAGAGGCGAGGGAACGCGAGGGGCAAAGCAACGGAUGUAUGGAGGUAGAGGAGGAUGGGACGGGUAGCGGAGAAGGGGACAGUCCUCCCCAGUUAGCGUACGAGGGGUCUCUAGCAACGCCGCUGGCCUCACACCAGAGGGCGAGCACUGAGCUGCAUCGUGCCACGGCACAACUGUCUCUAGAGAAUAAAGACUGCUGAUGAACGCCUCAGCCCUAACACUACUCCUCCAGCAGUACAGGAAGUGGUACAGGAGUAUGUAAAUGAUUCCCCUGUAAUCCCUCUCACACACCCACAAAACUCGAUUCCUGGAACCUCCAGUGACCCGAGAGUCUAUCAAACACACUCGUAAAAACCGACACCUCAAUGACAGCUGAGUCCUGUCACGUCAGACCCGCCGUCAAUCUCGGAUCAGGGCUCCUCCAGGAGACAUCACGAGAGAAGAGGGGGACGAGAUCGGCUACACUGACUGUAAAAUCCUCCUCCCACCUGGCCAGUGAAACUCUGGAUUCCCCGCUCCAGUAGCACAGCUCCCAUCAUCAGGAUAAGCAGCCAAUCACCAUUUUCCUCAGGGGACACACUCCCUUUCAGCCCAGUAGCACAUCUAGGAGGAUUGUGUGCAGGCCCGUGCUACUUUUCCUACUGGACGACGGGACUUUUAAGUGCCUGUAUCCAAACCUGAGAGCCCUGGAGAGCCGUGGAUGGAUGUGUGCACAGGGAGGACGGUGUGUGAGGGAGGACGCAGGAGGGCUACUCUUAGAAAUGAUAACGUUGUGAAAAAAUAUUGGGAUUAAGAAAGAAAAAGUAGUGUCUAAGACUGAUGAGUGGGACUGUUGGGUGUUGUUGGACUGACUCUUAAACCUGGCCCACUCCACUCAGGGAAGCCUAUUGCUGUAUGUUUAUUGGAUCCAUGCACACGGACACACACACACACACACACACACACACGGACACACACACACACACACACACACACACACACACACACAUGAGCAAAAAGAAAGAAAAAUCCCAGCCAGCAGUGAAAGGGACUUGGGGGACUAUGGACACUAAAUGGUGUUCUCUGCAACGCAAACCCACACACACACACACACACACACACACACACACAGACUUUGACUCUCUGGUAUACUGCCCGCUCAGAGCUUUUUGUCUUUUAUAACCCUCAUUCUUUCUUUCCCUUUUCCCGCCCCUUCUCUCUCUUGUGGACCACCUGUGGAACUAUCAUGACUCUACUCGAAGAAAUAAUUUCAUCUCCAGGGAGAUGUGAGGAGAGGAAAUGAGAAGGAUGAAGAAGGGCUGCUCUUUUGAACCACAAGGGGAAGGCUGCAGGGGAGGAUGUGUGUGUGUAGGGUUUCAGCAACUGUUUACUACCCCCCCCCCCUCCCCUUUUUAAACCUCAACUAACAUGGCUUGUACACUGAAAGUACUUUCCCUCAAGUCUCAGCAGCACAAAAUCCCAGUUCACCAGCUAAAGCUUGUCUAACAGUUAUAGAUAUUGUGGAACUAAACCAGCAAAGACACACACACACAUGCAUAGCACUGCCUUCAGCUUAUAAACACACUCCCUCCCCCUCCGACUGGAUCUCCUACUCUCUUUGUAGUCGCGUGGUCUCAGACCUCUCACACAAACACACACACACACACUGCCGCUGACCGCCUUCAUUUUAAAGCCUGUACAAUAGUACAAACUGAGCUCUAACAACAAACAUGCAGACGUAUAUAUAUAUAUAUAUAUAUAUACUAAAUGAAAUAGCAUUUUAAUGACAGGAUCGAUUCAGGUUUUUCUGUUGUGGUAAGUGGAUUGUUUCUAGCGUUGAGACAUGCCAUGCUACUCGCUGCACAAUAUGGUGUCAUGGGUGGGCGGGCAGAAUGAGAAGGCGUGGGGGCUUUCUGGUAUGUUUGUUUCAUAAAUAAACAAGAAAAAAAAAAAAAGGAACAACUCAGUUCAGUCCACCAGACCAGCGAGACAGAAUAUAAGUACUCCAACGUGCUCCCAACGAUCCACAUGCACGCUCCACGCUGGUGUUCAGUGGUCGCCCGCCCUUCCAGCACGCGGCACUCAACUCUUUCCUGUCUGCAGCCUCACACAGCUCAGCAGGGUUCUCACCGGUCCGAGCCGGCCUGGCUCCGGUCCACCUCUCCCGGCCGUGAGUGGGAGUGGACGGGUGCACUCGGAGUGAGCUCAUGGGUUAUUAGUGAAGUAAUAAUCCUGUGUUUUUCCCAUAGGCCAGUUAGCGUAAUACUCCAAAGUUCAACCCGGCUGGAUUAGAGAGCAGGGGAAAAUCAUUACUGGGGGAUAUAUACCCGGAAAACAUUUGAGACGCUGUCCCAAAAUGCUCCUCUUAUCACACACAAACGAGCGAGCGAGCCCCGGCCAUCAAGGCCUUUGAUUGGUAACUGAGCCAUUCCCCGCCUGGCCAGCAACAGCACACUCUACGGCUGUGCACCCUGGGAUUGAUGGCCUGCAGGCUGUCUGUGCAGCUGAGCUGAUUGAAUUUCUUCAUCGGACCCCCAUGGUCUGGACUGGAGCAUGUCACAACAUGCAAACACACACACACACACACACACACACACACACACACACACACAGUCACCAGCUUCCAUGUCUGUAAGUGGACUGACAGCUGCCUUACUACUACUACUACUUUUCAUAUCUCAGAAACAGAUAAGACAUCAGUCUUAGUUUCUCUGCACUCCCGCUCUUGUUGCUGCUGAACUUUUCCACGCUGUGUCAGAUUUUGUCUGACUUCCUGCUAACUGCUGUGUGAUCUGACUCAUCAUAUCGCAAGGAUUCAUUUGAGUGAACGAGACAACAGACACUCAUCCUGUUGCAGGCUUUUAACAGUCAAAAGAACAUACACAAACAGCACAGAAGAUUACAUUUCUCGAUCAAAAGAAUAAAGUUUUAUUGGUUUAUUUUUAUUAUCUCAACAUUGCUUUUGAUAAUUGCUGUUUUUAUGGUUCUCAUUUUGGUUAUUGACCUCUCCACUUGGCAUUAUUAUUAUUAUUAUUAUUAUUAUCACAUGACUCUGUUUGCUGUUGCUUUUUUUUUUAUGUUGUGCACAUCACCUUGGAAGAUGUGGGACACCUCCAAUCUCCAUUCCCUGGUUUACACCUUCUAGCCCCAGAGUCAGAAACUCAUCUUUUAGUUUUUAUAAAUGUAAUAUAACUGAAAUGUGUAAGAUUAAUUUUGAUGCUGACAGAGAAAUAACACCUGGGACUGAGCAGGAAAGGCAGCGGCGAAGGAUUUUAUUUAGACGCACGAGGGGGUGGUUUUAAUCUUUUUGUCUUGUAUUGUAAUCUUUAUUUUAUAAUGUUACUUUUUUUUUCUCUCUCACUCUUGUAUAUUUUUCCUUAGUUUUUUUUCUUUCUUUUUGGGAGGGGAUGUAUCAUUUUAAAAGAAAGAUGUGUUGUUUUACUGUGUAAAGAUCUAUCUUCUCCCUCUUACAGUUUGUUGUUUCACCUCUUCUCCACGAGUCGUUACAUAACACUCGAAUGGAGAGAGGAGAGUUAAUACCAUGAUGUAACAUUGAAUUUCUCCACUUCUUUCGUGUUUUUAUUUUCAAACUUGUAAUUAAGAUGUAAUCAGGUUAAUUAAAACCAGUUAAAACCCAAUAUGAAUAAGUCUUUGUUUGUGUUU